UUGUAUGGAAAAAAGAUGUAGUGAGAGUGAAUGGUGACUGAGGCUAACAUUAUGCUUGACAUCUCUUUUUGUGUUCCACAGAAGAAAAAUAGUCAGAUGGGUUUGGAACAACAUAAGGGUGAGUAAAUUAUUAUGUUUUGGAUCAACUAAUCCCUUUAAGGCAUGUUUGUUUAAAAAUGGGAAAGGAGGGAUUUUUACUCUUUAUCAUUAUUGUUUCUGAGCUGGGGUCUCUUCCACACAAACAAUCCAAUGACCCCUGUUUGCCGAGGGGGCAGCAGAGAUUCUUGGAAUGUUGCAGGGUGCGAAGGCAAGCUGGAGUUGUGUAACUGCCACCCAUGAGAGCCAACCUGACGGGGGGUGGUGCAUAUCACAAGAGCUAUAAGUGUGGCCAAACAGGACGGUUCAACAUUAGACAAACACCUGCAGCUGACUGCAAACUGUUGGGAUUGCUUGGGUGAACAUCUGGACUUCUUACUUUGUGUUGAAACCUGAAUUAUAGACAUAAUGGAAUCAAGAACAACACUGAUCUUCAUUUUUACCUUGUGCACAACUCUUCAUGAAGGUUGGGGGUUGCCUGUAAUGCUCCAGACUGACCCGAGUGACCCACCGGCAACCCAUAGGGUCAGGACCAAGCGCUGCUCCUGCAACAACCAACUGGAUUCAGAGUGCCACUAUUUCUGCCAUCUGGACAUCAUCUGGGUGAACACACCAAGUAAGACCGCAGUUUAUGGAUUGGGCAGUCCUCUGACUCGCCGGCGGAGGUCUACAGGUCGCUGUUUCUGUGUCAACCCUGCAGAUCAAACAUGCAAUACCUUCUGCCGCUACAGCUCUGAAAAUCCUUCCAUAAUCCUGGUGCACCCUUCUGAACCUGUGCGUGAAAAACAGGAGCAGCCUAUAUCAGAUCACUUGACCGCCCUAAAUGACUCAGAAAAUGCUGGUCCAGGACUACUGGUUUUAGGGGAGUCUUCCUCCCUUCGGGCUCAGUCAGACGUCAUGACUUUUCUCAAAAACCUGAUCAGAGCUAGAGCCAGGGCUAUGGAAAAGGCUACCCACACUAGGCAGUGGGCAACUAAGGCCCAUAAAUCUGGCUGCAGAUGAAGACUUCACCUGGAGGCAGCAGAAAUAGGAGUGUGAGCACUUGAACAAGAGACAACCCUUGUGCAACAUGGGGUAGCAGAACAAAUGUAUGUCCUAGAGGACGAGACAGGGAUUCCUAUGAACACAGAGCCUUUGGUUCAUGUUCAAGGCAUAGGGCAGAUUUAAAGGCCUGUGAGAUGUGAAAAUGUGGUUUUGAAGACCUUGGAGAGUCCUUUGUAAGUUGAACACAAGUCAGACGGUCUGUCCAUUGGGACAGCAGAAAAGAGGGUCAGGUGUUUGCUACAGUUCUGGAGUGCAAACAGGAUAGUUAGUUAAGCGGCUAUGCAAGAGAACCCUAACUAGAUCAAAGCUAGUCCACAACAUCAACCUUGAACAUUCAGAGGUAAAAGAGACAGAUGAACCGCUAAUGAAAAAAGUUGGGUUUGAAGCAAACAGACCCUGUAUUGUCAUUGUGAGAAACUCUGGCACUUUUUCUAUUUAUUGGCACUGUAGGAGUGCACCUACAUCUGAGAGCAAAGGUUGAGAUUAUAGAUUUGGUAGCAGUUCAUCUGUGUAUUUAUUAAUUUCGAAUAGAGAUUACAAAAAUAAAUAAAACGAAAGAAAAAUUACAAUAAAAGUGCUAACAUCAAUCCAUAUGGGUUUUUGAGCAUCCAACAGGGUCUUUGACUAGCAAUGUUAUUGACCAACAAUCAUAGUGAAGAUAAAAUCUGAAGUGUGAUCAAGAAUUCUCACAAAAGUGUACAGUUCAGAGACUAGACACUUUUUGGAAGUCAGAACAUUAAACAAUGUCUUGAAUCAAAAGCUAUGUAUUUGAACAUGAAAUAUGUUUCAGUUUAGAUUUAGCAAAAUAAUGAAACAAUGCAUAUAAAAUAAGAAUUGUUAAAUACUAAAAUCUAAACGAUUAGGGUAAAUUAGGUGAUGCAGUUGCAAUCUGUUGUUAUGACAAUGAGAUACACAGAAUAUACAGUAUGAGCUGAAAAAUGAAAAGAUUUCCUUUUUAUUGAAUACCAAUGGAACAUUACUCUAACCAUGUGCUUCUAUUUUCAAUUGAUUAGCUAUUUAUAAUCUAAUUUAAAUACAUGUACAAUCUAAUUACUAAUUAGCAUCAGUAUGAGGUCAACUGCAAAAUAUAUGUAACAGCAAUAUGGCCUCAUUAUAAAGUUAUUUACUCAGUUAUGUAUUUAUUUUGUCCACUUACUAUGAAUUGUUUUCUUAUAUGUACAAAGCAAUGACAUAUUUCAGAUAC